AUGACUGUUGCUGAAUAUCAGCUCUUCACAGCGAAACCUGAAGAUAAGGACGAAAUCCGGCGGUUUCUCAUUGAGCAUUUCAUGGUCGAAGAGCCGAUGAGCAGGGUGACUCUGAAACUUGUUUUUUUCAAAUUUUCAUUUGUUUAGGCAGCUGGAAUGAAUGAAAGUUCUUUCCAAAAAUGUAUCGACAAAACUUUCGAGCGAUGUUCUGGCAUUUCUCAUUCCGUCAUUGCUCGACGAGCAGGUAUUCCUUUCAAUUUCCACAGAUCACAUGUUAGAUCUUUUUGAUUUAUUUAUGUUUCAUUCAUUGUAUUAGUCGUGCGGAUUGCAAAUUGGCGACUAAAAGUUUGAAAAAAAAAACAUUUCAAAUUUGAUAAAAUUUAGAAAUCAUCACGUAAGAUUCUUUCAGGCUCUAACGAAAUUGUGGCAUGUGCACUGAAUUCUUUGUGGAAAAGAGAAGACUCGAAAGGAGAAGACGAGAAAAAAGGAGGAGACUUCGAUUUUGGAGAAAGUUCGAAGGAAAUUGAUGCUGUUGGUGGGUUCGAAACCACGAAAAUUGGAGUCAACUUUUUACAGGCACGAUUCUGAACGAUUUGCACGACAAGUUCUGGGGAUUAGUUCCAGGAACUAUCAACUCUGUUAUUCAUCUGUGAGUUUUCACUUUCAAGUUUUAUUUGAGGUUUCUGAAGUCGAUUUAAUCGCGUUCAAAAUUGACUUGACUUACAACUGAACAAAAAAAAAAGAAUUUUACUCUUCGAAAAUGAAUUCCAUCGCUAUCAUGACCGUGUUAGGGAGUCCGAACAUCUACCAAACUAAAGUGACCUCUUUAGAGAAAUUCUGAGCGUUUCGAAAGACCAUCGGCGGAAAGGAAUCGCUUCGAAGUUGAUGGCGUGGACAGAAGAUCCAGAUAAACUCAAUGUGCGUUUUUGAAUGGUUGAAACACUCUUUCCUCUCUCCAGAAGUUGCAAGCAAGCGGAAUCGUGGCUGAAGCUUCCUCGCUAGCCAAUCAGACGCUUCUAACAAGAAGGGGUUACAAGGUAAGGAACUCAAUUCUUUGAAGAGGAAAAGUUGAAGUAUUAAAUCAUGUUAGUAGCUUAUUUGAAUGAUUAUCCUAACCUACUGGCUAAAAAUUACCUCAAAUUGUAGACGCUAGCAGAAAAGUUGGUGGAAACGGUGACCGACGGAAACGGAGUGCCGCUUCUGAAAUGCGAUGACGGGACCGACCGAGGACUUCUCAUGUUCAAAUCCCUGGAAAAAUGA